AUGGAAGAGUGCGACAAGCCCGUACCAUACCCGCAACCGCCGAGCCCGAUGAAAGCUGAGCUCUUUCCCUCUCUGAGCUCCUGGGUCAUCAUGUUCAGCUCUGGACAACUCCUCUCUUCUCUGAACUCUGGCAUCCUGCACUCCCCAGCGACUCAGUUCUUCCCUGCGUUUCCCAGCAGACUGGGCCAUCCUCAGCUCCUGAUCCCUGCCCCACUGCUCAGCUAUGAGCUGCUUCGCACCUACCUCCAGCCUGAGCCUUGUAAACAAGCUCUGCUGCUGUCUUCACAGGCGUCUUCCAUGGUCCGACUUCCCAGUGACACCGAUGAGCCACGGCCCGCCAAGCAGCGGCGCGCUCGUGCCAACUACAGCAGCUGGCAGCUGGAAGAGCUGGAGAAGGCCUUCAAGAGCACGCACUACCCUGAUGUGUUCAUGCGCGAGGCCCUGGCACUCCGACUGGACUUAAUCGAGGCUAGAGUUCAGGUGUGGUUCCAGAACCGCAGGGCAAAGAUGCGGAGACAAAUGAAACUUCAAGGCCAGAGUGGAGACCUGUGUGGGAAAGACAGUGAGUCCGGACAACAAACACCAUCCAGGAGGAGCACGGAGUCAGACAGCGACCAGGUGCCAUGCUGGGACAGCAAACAGGAGAAGACCGCUGGACACAGACUGCACCCGGGGGCCAGACAGCCGACAGGAUCAUCAGAGACCAGUCCCGAGGAAUUCCGCUUCUGCAGCAUUGCUAAACUGAGGGCCAAGGCCAGGGAUUACGAAGCUGAGAUCCACAGCACUGCGGCCAAGGGUGACAGGAAAUGGUGCUUAAAAGCUCAUGUGUCUGAAAGUGACUGAUGAAGCUGUGGGUUCCUGAACUCCACUGUGAUGUGGGAAUAUCUGAAUUCUAGUUUAUUUAUUGACACAAGUGGUAGCUGCAUUUCUUUAUUUUAGCCUGAUAUUUCGGUGUCUUUUGCAUUAAUAUACAGUACGUGAAUAUUUUCGAAACAA